AUGGAGUCCCUUAGCGGCGCAAUUGAGGAGCAGCGCCGAAUUCAAACCCAUCUCACUCGAAUCCAGACUAACUUCGAGUCUAAGCAAUCGUCUGAGAUCUCGAGAGGUUAUGUUCAGAGUCUUCUCGCGGAGAUUGAUACUAUCUUCCAGGACUUUAAGCGCGGCCAUGAACAAAUCUACACUCUUAUUCGCAACGCAUCGCUUGACGAGGACGACAUUCCUUAUCUGAAGGAGGAAGUUUUCUAUACCUGCUACGAUUUAUAUAUCGCCUUUAAGUCUACCUUACUUGAUCGACAAAAUGACCUCGCGCCAUGGCCGUCGCCGCUCACGCACGCAAGCACCUUCGCUAUGGCCACUACACGGAAUGACACUACCGCUGCUUCUGCACGACUGCCAAAAAUCGACUUGCCUAAGUUUUCUGGAGACUAUUUGGAGUGGAUCCCUUUUCGCGAUAUGUUUCUAUCACUGGUACAUAAUAACGACGCCUUAACUCCGGUACAAAAAUAUUUUUAUCUAAAGGGAUCUUGCAUCGGCACACCUAAGGAAAUGGUGGAAGAAUUUCCAGCUACGGAUGCCAGCUAUGAAACUGCCUGGGCUGCCUUGGUAAGUAGAUUUCACAACAAAAGAAAACUAGUGGAUCAAAUUUUAAAAAGGCUCGUCAAUGCACAAAAUACCGAUGGUGGUUUACAAAGCGUAAAACUGCUGCUCGACCUCACUCGCAACAGCCUUGCUCUACUGAAAACUUUAGAAAUAGACACCUCUAGUUGGGAUCCCAUGCUAAUUUUCUUGCUCACUCAAAAGCUUGACAGACAAAUUAGAAAAGAAUGGGAGCAAUCUCUAAAUGGUCGCAGUGAAAUUCCUCCAGUACAAACUUUCCUUAAGUUUCUCGAAACUACUUAUCGAGCGCUUGAAUUUAUCGAAGAAGAGGACACAUCAAAAAAGGUUGUGAACCGCUCGUACAGCGACAAACAAAAACAACACAAACCUGCUCGCAGACAAUUACAUGCUAAUGCAGCUACUACUACCGCCAGUUCAGCAUCGUCAAAUUAUAGCUGUCCCUGUUGUCAAAAACAACAUCUCUUGUACAAAUGUUUUAAAUUUUCUGCACUACCUGCUGCUGAAAAGCAGAGCUUUGUCCUACAACAUAGGCUAUGCCUAAACUGUUUAGGUAAGGGUCAUACAUACAGUGAGUGCGAAAGAAAUUCCCGCUGCCAGGCCUGUAAGCAGCCGCACCACACUGUUAUUCACAAUGCAUUCGCUCUUCGCAACAAUAAAAAUGACGAACACAAACUUUCUGCAAAUCUCACAACUACUGCUCAAAUUAUGAAUGCAGAAGUGCACUCUGCGACUACUAACGCUCAAGUCUUACUCGCUACUGUACGGGUGAUUAUUGAAACACCUGAGCGACAAUUUCACUUGAAAGCACUCGUUGAUCAAGGCGCUCAAGCCUCAUUCAUAACAGAGGACGCCGCUCAGUUGCUCAACUUGCCAAAACGAAAUACCAAUGUUAUUGUAGCUGGCAUUGGUGGAGCAAAUGCUUUAAUUGCUAAAAGGUCUCUAACUCUAUGCUUGCGCUCACAAUAUGAAAAAGACUUUAAAAUGGACUGCACCGCGUUUAUUUUGCCGAAAUUGACAUCAUACAAACCAUCGCCUUAUCACUUGCGCGGUAUGCCAAAUUUAUCCGGCAUUUUUCUUGCUGAUCCAACCUUUGCUUUGCCCGUCAAUAUCGACCUAGUUUUAGGCGGAGAUGUAUAUGGCGAUAUCUUACUCUCUGGCAUGAAAAAGUACGAACGUGGCAUUUUCCUACAAGAAACUCAUUUUGGAUGGAUGAUUUCUGGUCCAUCUACUACAACUCCUUCACAACAAAUUUUGCAUACAAAUUUAUGUACUCUAGAUGAUCAGCUUCGUUUAUUUUGGGAACAGGAGGAACUGCACGAAGAGCGCCAGCUCUCUUCCGAAGAGACAGCCUGCGAAAACCACUUUUUGCAAACCUACAAGCGGGAUAAAUGCGGCCGGUAUACGGUUCACUUACCUUUUAAAACCCUAUUUGCACAGGGUAAGCUCCCAGCAUUUAGUGGCACCGACUUUAACGCUGUUAAAAGACUUAAGCAGCUAGAAAUGCGAUUCAAAAAUCAACCUAACUUUGCAAAGCUUUACAAAGAUUUUAUGGCAGAAUAUCUAAGCUUAGGUCACAUGCAAGAAGUCGGCUUUUAUCCAGAAGAUCUGCAAGAAAAUUCAUAUUUCUUUUGCCAUCAUGGUGUCUUACGGCAAUGCAGCAGCACCACCAAAUUGCGCGUUGUAUUCGACGGUGGGAAUCGUUGUCCCCCUCAACCUUCUCUCAAUGAUGAACUUGCUGCAGGGCCGGCAUUGCAAAGUGAUUUGUCAAGUAUUAUUUCUCGAUGGAGAAGUCACAAAAUAGCUUUUACAGCCGAUUUAGAAAAAAUGUUUAGGCAAAUCAACGUUUGUAAGGAACAUCAAAAUUAUCAGUGCAUUCUCUGGCGAGAGGAUUCUACAAAGCGAAUUAAAAUAUAUAAACUUUGCACUGUCACUUAUGGGACAACUUCUGCUCCGUAUUUAGCGAUUCGUGUUCUACGCCAACUAGCCACUGAUGAGCAAACAAAUUAUCCUCUCGCAAGCCAAGUGUACUUAAAUGAUACCUACGUUGACGAUAUUAUAUCAGGUGCAGACACGAACGCGGAAGCAAUCGAGCUACAACAACAACUCAGCAGGCUGUCAUCUAGUGGCGGAUUUAAUCUUAGAAAGUGGAACUCAAAUUCUGCCGUGUUGCUACAAACAAUUCCACCUGAGAAUAAAGAGAACGCCAAUUGGAUUGAACUUAAGGCAGAGAACCUCGUAAAAGCCCUUGGUCUUUUUUGGGACACGAACGAAGAUGAAUUCUCUUUCAAAAUCAACUUUAGUUUUGCUUCCGCAAUAACUAAGAGGAGUAUGCUCUCUGAUGCGGCCAAAUUAUUCGACCCACUUGGUUGGCUGGCGCCUACCACAAUUAUCGCUAAAAUCAUGUUCCAAAGGUUAUGGAUGGAGGGACUAGAUUGGAAUGACCCACUUCCAACUAAAUUAAAUGCUGAAUGGUUGCAGUAUCGAGAUUCUCUGCAUGAACUCGAAAGCAUAAAGAUACCAAGGUGGCUUGGAUGCAACAAAUUUAACAAAAUUGAGUUGCAUGGUUUCAGUGACGCCUCACAGGCUGCCUAUGGGGCAGUUGUAUAUGCGGUAGUCUAUAACAACUCAACUAUUUCCGCAUCACUUAUUCAGUCAAAAACUAAGGUAACACCGCUCAAAACUGUGUCAAUUCCGAGACUGGAAUUAUGUGCGGCGGCGUUACUGGGUAAACUCAUGGCGAAAGUGAAAACCUACUUCCACGCGGAUGCACCUGUUUUCUAUUGGACCGACAGCACAGUGGUUUUGAGUUGGAUACGAUGCCAUUCCACGCGCUGGUCCGUGUACAUCGCCAAUCGCGUAGCUGAGAUUCAGCGCAUAUCUGAUGUAAGUCAGUGGAGGCACGUGCGUACAAGCGAGAAUCCAGCGGACUGCUUAACACGCGGUCUGACUCCAAAAGAGCUUAAGGCACAUACUUUGUGGUGGUUUGGGCCGACUUGGCUUACUGGGCCAAUAUCGAACUGGCCACACGAGAACUUAACUUUCGAAACUUGUUUAGAAGAGCGAAAAUCAUAUAUCGCUUCUCACGUAACUACGUUAGCUGAAAACUCUAUGGAAGACCCCGAUUUUAUUUCGCUGCAGCAACACAAAAUAGAGAACAAUUUAUGUGAGACGGGCUUUCUAAAAUCACGCGAGAUUAAACACGCACUCGCUAUAAUAAUCAAGCAGGUACAGCGCAUUGAUUUUACCCAAGAGAUACACUGUUUGGAAAAUAAGCAAGCUCUUAACAAAAAGAACGCUCAUCACCAAACUCUACAUGGCGGCGUUCAGCAGAUGCUUUCGUUUGUCUCUCAACGUUACUGGAUUCUAUCAGCGCGCAGCUUAGCAAAAUCCGUGCUCCGUAAAUGCGUAAUCUGUUUCAAAUACACAGCGAAGGUGCAUCAGCAGCAAAUGGGAAAUUUACCCGCAGUUCGUCUUCAACCAACUAAACCGUUUCAGCACAGUGGACUCGACUACGCUGGUCCCAUAACACUAAAGCUUUCACUACUUCGCAAAGCGGCAACCACAAAGGGCUAUAUCUGCCUGUUCAUUUGCAUGUGCACGAAGGCCAUACACCUUGAAGUAGUUUCAAGCUUAAAUACUGACGCCUUUAUCGCCGCAUUUCGUCGCUUUAUAUCAAGGAGGGGUCGAUGCAGCGAUUUAUACUCUGAUUGCGGUACUACGUUCGUAGGGGCUAACAAAGAGCUAAAGAUUUCCUUUCAGCAGCAAAAGGCUUCGCUCCCCGAACAUCUUGCUGCCGCACUUGCAAAUGAAGGUACGACAUGGCACUUCAUUCCGCCCGCUUCACCAAAUUUCGGAGGCUUAUGGGAAGCGGCGGUUAAGUCGACUAAACAUCAUCUAAGACGAAUAAUGCGAGAUCGGGUGCUUACUUUUGAAGAACUCAGCACGCUUCUUGCACAAAUUGAAAGUUGCUUGAAUUCUCGGCCGCUCUGCCCAUUGUCAGCAUAUCCCACUGAUCAUCAAGCGUUGACACCUGCACACUUUCUUGUAGGUGAACCCACAACUUGCGUCUCAGAGGAGAGCCUGCUUGACUCUAAUAUCGACCACCUGACCCGCUGGAAACUAGUUGAGCGCCUAAAGCAACAUUUCUGGCAUCGAUGGGCUAACGAAUACUUACACACUCUACAAACUCGCACCAAGUGGACACAAGUUCAAAAAAAUCUUCGCGUCAACGACAUCGUUUUGCUGCAACAUGAGCGUAGCGCUCCUGGCUAUUGGCCGUUGGCGAGAGUGCAUGAGAUACAUCCCGGUGCAGAUGGUCUACUCUGUAAUGUUGUACUGAACAUUGAAUUGUUUUUACGCGUUGCAACCCUGAAAUGUAAAACUGAAUAUGGUUUUUAUGCCAUAACCGAAUUUGAGAGUGACUACAACAGUACGCCAUUCGAAGAUCAGAAUAAGCAUGCACUUGCAAUACAGCAAGAGGAGCUGAGAGCCAUGUGGAAGAAAACAAAAUCAGCCCAUGAAGCCCUCAUAAACACCGAUUUGACAAGAGAGGAUAGACUAUCUGUAAAAGCCAAAAAUUAG